GGCAUUGGAUUUGCUUGGGUGCAAGCAAGAGCGAGCUUCUAUUUAUUUGCUUUGUUUGCAUUUGCAACAGCUUGUAAUUCUAUGUGCGUGUAGAUACGUCUCUAUCAGCCAAAUAAAAAUAGUUUUACCUCGGAGUUUAAAUUUUGCUAAACGCUAGUGAUAGUUCAACAAUGGUGGUGAAAGUGUACAUCUCCGGCAUUUCGGGGAACAAGGAGGUGAAAAAGCGACAGCAGAGGGUCCUAAUGAUUCUAGACAGUAAAAACAUAGGUUACACGACACUUGAUAUCACAGAACCAGGAAAAGAGAGUGAUAAGGAGUACAUGCAACAGAACAGCAAAGCUAAAGAUUCAAAGUAUCCGCUUCCUCCUCAGAUUUUCAAUGAUGAUGAUUACUGCGGAGAUUAUGAUGAAUUCGAUUUGGCGAAUGAAAACGACGAACUUGAAAAGUUUCUCCGUAUUCCUGUGCAAAAUGGACAUCUAAAUGGAACCACAUCCAGCCGAGAGGGAUCAACAGAGGGUGACCAACAAGUACCUCAAAGUCACGAGGAAUUGGGAAGAAUAGACGACCAGCUACCUGAAGAAAGUACUCUGGAUAAGUUUGGGGUCGCAGUAGAAGAUGACUACAAAAUGGAAGAAGACACAAAACCAGCGGAAGAAGGUGAUGGCGAACAAGAAGAAAGUGGCAGAGAAGAAGAAAAAGAAGAAGAACUGGAUGAAAAGGAAAACGACUCCGAUGAACUUGAAGGGGAGGAAUAACUUAGAUAUAAGCGUUCUUUCAUCCGAAUUUCAUUCUCAAGGUUUUCUUUUCGGUUUCAUCCAUACUUUAUACUUUCUUAUCUAAGAGAACUGAUCUAUUUUUUUUCUAAAACCUCCUCAUGAACUAUGUCUAGCGGAAAGACAACACUGCCUCUCGAGAGUAAUAACCUAAAUAAUGAACCAUUUGAAACCUUGACGGCUAUCUGGAUCCGAUAUACGAUUUUGCAACUAUCCCAAACAUCUCCAUCAAUUGAAGUUCAUUGCUUGAAAUCAAUUCGGAGUUGAAUUCAGUUUGAACAAAUCUCACUAACUGUCUACCGAGGUAAUACUUUCCCUUGAAAAUAAGUAAUUUUUAGUCUUCACACACUUACCAAAGGCAUUUCAACAAUUUAUUGGUAAUCGCUCCUCCUCCUGAACGUUAAGUAUUGUUGUAUAUUAAUUACAACGUCAAGUAGUAAUAUUUUUCACUAUUCUAUAACAGUAAAAUGAAACUCAAUAUUGACAUUGAUAUUUUCAGAGGUACUAGGUAUCUCAGACAAUACCGUACAUUAUUCAUAAAAUUUUCUGUCAAUCUUGAAACUGAUGUGAUAUCGUCAUUAUCAUAAUUUCCAAUUAAGUAUGUUCAUGACUGCAGUGGAUUUUCUUCGAUUAACUUCUAUACCUGUUUCCAAUCCACUCCAGUUUUCCACUGCACAAUCUUUAUGUGGUUAUGCAUGUCCAAUCAUUAAAUUUGUUGAGCCUAAAUGUGCUUAAUUGCACUCAAAAAGUCUUAUUUCCAAAACAUGCUUGUCAAUUUCAUUGCAUAAUCACUAUUCCCCAUAUUAAAAUCAAUUGACACUGAAUGAUAAGUAAUUCCUUAAAGUCUUAUCAAACUUUCCAUGUCUUGUUAUUGUUUUGUUUAAAAAAAAAACAAUUAAAAACUUCCAGUAGUUGUGAAAAUUUUUAAUAGUAGCUAUGCUACAAUAGGAUACUUAUCCAACGUUUCUGUCUAGAACAGGUAUAUUAAUAAUAAUUAAUUGUUGUGGAAAUCAAUUUGAUUGAUUGAUCUGAACAAAGUGUAUUAAUGAUAGGAAAUGAACUUUUAUCACUGUUGAAAUCAGGAUAACAUGAAUAUUUUAUUACUGGAUGUAAUAUAUAUAUUUAAUUUCAUCUAGCAGGCAAACUAGUAUUUUAUAUCGACGUUGGAAUAAUCGAUGAUUCAUUAUAGUUGCAAUUUCAAUAUUACGUACAAGGCUACGUAGAAAUAUGUACAAUUUUAUUGUAUUUUUACAUAUACCCACCGACCUACAUGAGGUUUUAGUAUGAAAUAACGAAGAAAUAAUAAUCAUAUUCCUUCUCACUAAUUCAAUUAUUGCAGAUGCAAUAAAAAUAAUCAUAACUAUUAGUGAACUUCUCCAAGUUUAUAGCCAAAGUUCACUGCUAUAAAAUUAUGAAGAUUGCCACCAACCAGAAAUAAAGUAAUGUCGUCAUCACUAACUUUCAAUCAUUGCUGUAAUGAUUUUCAAUCAUUAAUUUUUUUCUAAUUAUUAUUUCAAGAUCAAGUUGAUCGAUCAACUAUAUUUAUUAUAAGCUUAGGCUACCCGAAGCAUUCUGCUUGAAAUUAUAACUUGAAUGGUUUAUUAAAAUUGUUCUGGAGCCGACUCGAACAUAAAAUGGUGUGUUCAGUCAUGGUUAUAUUUUUUAAUAUUAAAUAUGUAGUUGAAAAUUAUGAGGCUUUAUCAGUGAUAAUGUGUGCAUUUUAAAGUACCAUCUAUUGAGUAGUGUUUGUACGCUUAGCACUUGUUACGUUUGCCUUUUCUCGAACUAUUUUAUGAAAAUUUUCGGUUCUAUUGUGCCAAAAUUUCAAAAUUACUAUUACUUUAUAACAGUAUAUUCAUUAGGAAUAGUUGUUUUUAUAAUGAUCUUCUGUCUUUGAUAGAUGAAAACCACUUAUACUUGAUGUUGAAUUGGAGUACUUUCAUUAUUACAUCUUAAUGAUUGUGUUAUCAAACUUAGAUACUUCCCAGUUAAUUUGAAAUUAGUAACACCCUAUUGCUGAGAAAGUUUGAACUUGAUUCAGUCUCGAUUCUCAAUUCCAGUGUAAUUAUAUUGUCAUAUUCAGUUUAUCUCAUUGACAUUUGAGUUGAUAUAUUUUCUGAUCUAGAAUGUAAAUGUUAUAGCAAUAAUUAUAUUUAAAGACAACUUUAACCAAUUCGUCUAUUCUUCAACCUCUGUCUUCUCAUGGAAUUUUUUCACAUUAACUAAAAGUUUUUCUGUGGAAAGUACUCCAAAUUUUUCAUUUUUUUUGUCAAAUCGUUAAUUUUUAUUGAAUUUUGUUUCCAAUACAAAUUUAUACUUUGUAGUAGUUUUUUUUAAUUUGAAAAUGAAUGUUUUUGUUUUCUUCUACUUUGUAAUCAUUUGAAAAAUUAACAUAGGUUUUGAAUUUUGAUUUGUAAAAAAGUUUGAAUAUUUUUGUCUUGUUUUAUAUGCUCAAAUUGGUUUGCACAAAUGGAAACUUAAUGUUCAAGUGAAAAUGAUUGUCGCAAAUUGAUUUUUUUCAAUUGGCUUUCUCCGAUAAUAUCGAGUGAAAGAAAACUAAGAUCUCCAAAUAUUUUUUGUAUUUUUUAUUUUUUUAAAUUAUUUUUUCUCGGUUUUGAAAAAUAAUACAUAACAUAAGCUGAAUCAAUAUGAAGUAAGCAUUUAUGUCUGAAUUAAACAGGUUUUUUACAACAUUGUAGUUUAGGUGGUUGGAAGAUUCACACAUUUUUAGAGAUUUCGUUUUCAUAUUGUUAGGGAAUUUCAUAAAAAUAGUAGCAACAUGUAUUCAGUGUGAGAGGAUGAAUUCUGAUCAAAAAUUGGAUGAAAAAAUUUGAUUGUGAAAUCUCUAUGAAGCUAGUCUUUGUUCUAGCUUAGUUGGCCCAAUGAUUAGAAUUGAAUUCAAAUCAAACAAUCAAUUGUAAUUGUUCAUGUUCAAUACAGUUGAUUAUAUUAAUUUGAUUCAUGUAGCAAACUUUCAAAUUGAAAUUUCUCUUAAAUUUUCCUUCCAAUUCUAAAAAAUCUUUAAACCAGUCAAACCAUAUUAGAAUAAUAUUCCACGACGUUUUCCAAUAUUUCUGUUUGAAAUUUCAGAUAUUUUUCCGACUUUAAUAAAAUUCAGGGUUGUUAAACUAUUAAACUAUAUUCAUGGUUGUGAAAAACAAGUGUUUGUCAUAAAUUUGAAUAAUUAUUUUUUGUUGAGUGUAUCUAAACAGAAUAGCUCAAAAUCUGUACCAAAUCGUUAGAACUCGACCAUUAGAGUUUUUAAUUGUCUUUUUUUCUGCAUCUUAUAAGUCCUAAACUCAAUUUUGUUGUUUAAUCAUUUCAAUUAUAUCUUGAUUUCGUCCCUUAUAUAUAUCCCGAAUACUUAUUUAUUUUAUGGUGCUUCUAUACUUAUCUAAUCAGUAGCAAAUGAGAAUUAUAUUUGAUCUUAAAUUUCAUGAUUUGAGAUGAGUGUAUUUUUAUUUUAUUCACAGAGGCAAUAUAUUAUAUUCACAACUACAACAGUUUUCCUUUGAAAAUAAAUUAUUUCUACAUUGAGGAAUACAGAGUACCAGCGAUGUGAACAAUAAUUUCUAAAUAUUAAACCAUAGUCUACUACAGAUUCAUCAAGAAUUUCUAGUAAGCUAUGAUUAAACCUCAAAAGAUUGAUCUAUUAUUCUAAUCAUUCGAAAAAACAAUACUGAAUCCGAAAUACUAAACAACGAUACUACAGGUAAUUCAAGGUUAUGCAUCUUUGUAUUUUUAUCACCUGUGAAAAACAUUAUUGAUUAGAAAAAUCGAUACACAACAAUGAAUUUCAAAACGGAAAUAAGGGUACUAGCUCUUCCUAUAAAAAACUUGAUAAUGAAUUUGAUCCUCAUUGUACUCUAAUCUUUCGAGUUAUUCAAUUAUUCAUGCUCAUUUGCCAAUCAAAUAUCUACAUUAACCCAUCCCAUACUCAUUUACUGUUAAAAUAUUUCUCUAUUGUAUCACUUGUAAGAAAUAAAAUAGAAAAUUGAUUAAAUAAAUUUGAAAAAUCAAGUAUUUAUAAUGUUUAUAUUAGUAGAAUACAAUAUUUUAUUCUAUUCAAUAGGUUACAAGUACAUUUUUUUAAUUUUAAUAAUUUCAUCACUUGAGCAGUUCACGCAUAACUAAUUCUAUUGAAUUUCCUAUAUAUCUAGCUGUUUAUAGUUAUUACUAUUGAUUCUAUGAUGUAUCGUAGAUGUAAAUAUAUAAUUAAUAUGAGAAAAAUUAUUUUAAUUACUUAGAAUUUUAUAUUGUGGAUAGAGCAUAUUAAUUUAUAAGUGCAUAGGACAGUAUAUAGUUCGUUAAUUUUUAAGUGCAUUAUUACAUUAUGCAAAUACAUUUUUAUCAUAUUAAGGCUCAAUUAGCAUCAUCUUCAACUAACAGAUUUUAUUACAGUGCUUGAUGCGCUUUUGGGUAUUAAUAUAAUUUGCUUCCAUACAAUUAAUAAUUGAUAUACUCAUAUAAAUAUAUUUAAAGUAUAUUCAAAUUAUAUUUACAUUACAUAGUCAUCUAUUUACAAAUAUAUAUAUUAUGAUUCUGUUAGAAAUAAAAUAUUUAUUCGUAUUAGCUGGAAAAUACUUCUCCCUAUUUCUUAAUUUUCUGGUUAAGCUGCAAUAAUUUUUGUAUUAUUGAAAUUCUUUUUAUUAAUUUAUCGCGAGCUCUUUCAGAAUUGUUGAAUAUUAUCCAAUACGGUUUUCUUUGAAGUAUUACAGUAUUCGCUAUGAGUUUAUGAUGUAUUAUUAUUAUCUCUGAUAGUUAAGAUUUAAAAUAUACACAGUAGCCUACUGGA